GUUUCAAAUGCUCUAAGAUGGCUGUUGCCGAUGGCCAAUUGAAGAUCCGUUGCCCGUGACCUCGAUGCUUCUCACAUGGCGGGCGCAAUAUUAGUAGGUUAGUACUAUAGAUACUUCUUCUCCUCCACCCUCAUCUCCAUCAUUUCUUUCCAAGGCGACACCUCUCCUGCGCUUCUUCUUCAUCAUCCAUAAACUCUAGGCGGUCUGUCAUACGCACUUCAGUCGCAGCAACAACAACUCCGUUUAUCUAUACCAUGUCUGCUCAAGAUUACUACGGCGGCGGCGGUGGUGGAGGCUACCCUCAGCAUCCCCAGCCUUCUUACGGCCCCCCUCAAGGUCAAUACGGCCCUCCCCAAGGCCAGUAUGGCCCUCCCCAGGGACAGUAUGGUCCCCCUCAAGGGCAAUAUUACGGUCCACCCCAAGGCCAACCUCCCAUGCAAUAUCAACAAGCACCCCCUCAACAAAGUGGUGGCAAGCGCGGCGGCGGCGGCUGCUUGACAGCUUGCCUGGCGGCCAUGUGCUGUUGCUGUGUCGCUGAGGAGGGAUGCGAGUGCUGCAUCGAUUGUUGUGACUGCCUCUUCUAAACGGCCUGCCUCAACGAAACAAAGUAGAUACGAUCCACACGAUACAUAUAAUCAGCCCACGCAUGGCCCUAUAAAAAACCUCGAGAAUCCUUACACCUCUUCAAACAAUUUGUAAAACAAUUGACAAAGACCCCGUCCCCUGACUAAAUAAUAUAUGACGUUCUUUCGCAGAGAUGGUGGACGUGGCGUUAUCAGCACAAAUAAAUCCAGUCAGUAACCGCACUGAACAGCCGACUGGGUUCAACGUUUUCAACGCUCGAGCAUACUGAAUGAUCGAUGGGCGUAGCUCGUCAUUACCACGUACACGGCAAUAGCUACUGUAUCAUACUAUCGACAUGAACCAAUUGACAUGAAUAUAGAACAUUGAAUCAUUUGUUUUGAAACUGUACGCGAGCUAAUAGCGUUCUUUCAUCUACCGUCAAGUUUUUUCCCACCCCACAAGCUUAAUGCAUUCCUUUCGCCUCAUCAUUGAUAACAAAGCACGCCCAAAGAUUACUGGUUGAGUUGCACGUAA